GUCUGCAGCGGCAUAAAUAUCAGAAACCGUGGACUCCUCACUCUCAUCAAAGGCCACCCACCUGGUCAGAAGUAACAUCUUGUUGAAGUCGUGAGCUCAUUUUUGUUCCUCUGCUAGCUUGAAACCGAGUACUGAGAGUCCGCUGUGCUAGAUCCAUCGCCGAUGGCUAUUAAAAAUAUUGUCCUUUUUGGAGAGAGUGGCGUCGGGAAAAGCUCCAUCAUCAACCUCCUCGCAGGGAAGAAGGUCGCUAAGACCUCUCUAGACGACAAACAUUGUACAUUGCGUUAUGAAGCAUAUGAUGUUACCAUCAAUGAUGUGCCAUAUCGUAUCUAUGAUACUGCCGGGGUCGACGGCGACUGCAGGGACCCUAGCGGAUUUAUUGACGCUGUCACCGAUGCUCACGAGUUAAUGAAGGAGCUCAAUAGGAAAGGAGGGCCUCAUCUUCUGCUGUACUGCAUGAAGGCGGGCAGGAUACAACCAUCGUUUGCCACCAACUACAGGUUAUUCUAUGAAUUUCUCUUCAAGGAGAAGAUACCAGUCGCGCUCGUCGUCACUCACCUGGAGAGGGAGGAUCCCAUGGAUGAUUGGUACACGCGAAACAAGGGAUCGUUCGACCGCAUCGUCGACCGCGAUGCGGUCAAGUAUGUUGAUUAUGUUUGUAUCACUGCGGCUGACAAUCUCCGGGACCCGAGAUACAGGAGGAAGUACGAUACCUCCAGAGGAGAGGUGGGCGACUUGAUCAGACGCCAUAUAGAUGAGGUGAUGAGCUGGAAUAUUGGAGAGGAAAGGUGGUUUGGCAAGUUCAUCAAAAAGUUGAAAGACCUCUUAACGGGACGUCCAAGCAAAUCAGACUUUUGGGUUCUCACGAAGCGCUGCGGAAUGGAGAAGAGCCUAGCACAUGCCGUGAUUCAAAGACUUAAUAGAUCUACUAGUAGAUGACCUAAUCUCCCUAUACUAAACAGACCCCAGACCCAAGAAGAUAGUCCUUCUUUACUAUGUAGUAUACUAUGGUCGGCUUCCUACUAGGCAUGCACCUAGCACUGGCCCCAAGCCAACGGUGGAGCAAGUUGAAGCGGUGACCGUUGAAUGUUCAAACGUUCAAGGCCUGGCACUAGCUAUGUAUUUGCAC